AUGAACGCGAAGCAGCCGACCGGCGAACUCUGCAACAAACUUCCAGGCUCCUCCCAAAAAAAGGCUGAAGGUUUCCCUCUCCAUCUCCUGCUAUAUCACAAAGGAUUUACGAGCAGACUGCUCAGUGGAAGACCUGCUGUGCUGCUGCUGCUGCUGCUGAUCUGUUGGAAACCAGUGAGUUCCCUGGAUGUUCCCAUUCAAGGCUUUCUUGGAGGAAACAUCACUCUUUCCUGCAUCUGUGAAGAACCUUUACCAGAUAAAGUCGAUGUAUACUGGACUGACAAAAGCAACGCCCGUACUGUGCUGUACAUCAUAAAAAGUGAACCAAAGUUCGAUUCCCAGCACGAAAAAUACAAAGGUCGAGUGUAUAGCUCCGUGGAGGACUACAAGAAGGGGAACUUCUCCAUCAUCAUGAUGCGUCUACAGCAGGAUGAUGCUGACACGUAUGAGUGCACCAUCCCAGCAGUGUACUUAGUGAAGGUGGUUACACUGAAGGUUUCAGGUCAACGUGUUGAAUCAACGUCUGCACCAGUAUCACCACCAGGUGGCGCUGCAAGCGCAAACGUCCUUCCUGUGGCUCUCAUCCUUGCUUUGAGCUUGCUGCUCUGCUUCAGAAGUUUCAGGCACAUUUAACUUUACAUUUGUUCACGAAGAUGCCUGUAGUCAUUUCAAAGUUUAUAUCCGUCCUAUAUCGAGCAGUGCUAAACAGCUUUACGUACAUAGCAUGUGCGAGUGGAAUUUAAAACGUGCUUCUGAUUGGUCAAAUCACUGCCUGCAUCACUAGUGUCUGCUAAUAAUUGUUUUGUUUUAGUCCAAGUUCUCGUGUUGUGUUUUGUAUUUGCGUUUAUUUACCCAAACAGCACAAUGAAGGUUUUAUAAAGUGCCGGGAAAGACAACCGUCUAGAAUUACCGUUAAGUUUUUUUAUACUUAUUUAUUUAGUGCGCGUCUCUGCCCAUACUAAUUUUUAUUUAGUUACUUUUUCGAGACCUUUUCUGAUAUGUUCAACUACCUAAUGAGGACUAAUGGUCCUAACUGCUUUAAGUGUGCCGUUUAUUAUUUUUGACUUUUUCCACAAAUCAUUUAAAUUCUGCACACGCAAAUAGAUUUGAUCAGGAUUAAAACAUAAAACGUGUUUUGUGUAAUUGUAUAUAAAACCAUGUAGUCCUUUUGGUUUAGUCUGGAACUUAAAAAAUAUCUAAACACCACGUUGCAUCAUAAACUAUUGAAUCUAUGCAGUAUGUACAUUAAUGAAACUUAAUUUUAUCCAAAUUGUAAGGCUCUCGUAAAUUUAGUAGAACUUUACAGAUUGUAUGGCAGAUGGUAAGAAAGACACAUUUAUUAGUAAAGGUUGCAGACCUCUGGUUUAGUGCUAUGGUGCACAUUGAGUGUGGGUUAGGCAGCUACUGGUCAUGGUUUGAGUUAGGCUACAUAAAUUAAUGCUAAAUGGACCACACUUGUAUAACACCUUUAUUUAUUUUUUACUUCUGCAAGUUCUGCAAAGCACUUCAGAGUUUUUCAUUCAACCAAUCGUUCGGUGCUUCACUUACAGCCGCGGUGGCUUGGCGGUCAGUGCCGUGGUCUUGUAAUCCUGAGGUUGUGCGUUCGAGCCCAGGUUGCAUGAGGAAUGGCAUCCGGUGUAAAACAAUUGCCUGAUCUUUCCUGCGUUUAAUCACUGUGACGAUCCCUGAAGAAGGGAGUAGCCGAAAGAAACUUACUUUAUAUAUUGCAUCAUGUAAAACCACCACAUGGAACUAAGAAGGAUCGACAACACAAACGUCUGUGUGUGAUGCCUAUUUCAGUCAGGAACCAACAGUAAAUGUUACACACAACUAAUAGUCUGACAAAACAAAUUAAUUCAAAAACAGACUUAGAGUAAUGUACAUUUUUUCAAAUUCUGCCUUUAAAUAUUUCAGAAGGUUGAUUAAAGGUUUACACUAAUCAGAUAUAUAGACUUUGUUGUCUAAAUUAGUUAAAAUGUUUUCAUUAGAGAGACAACCCACAGAUGUCACUGAUACAACUUGAAACAGACAGAAGUCAUAAAAGGAACACAUUUCCUAGAGAUCAUAUAGUCAAGUCAAUUUUAUUGUCGUUACCAUCACAUGUGGUUCAUGAGGUGGAACAAAAUUAUGUACACAAGGUCCCAGUUACUGUUACAUAUAGAGUUACAUAGUU